GUGAUGUCACGCGGUACUUGCGGAAGGUUCCAGAGUGUUGUGGUUCUGUCUCUGGUAGGUUGCGGUACUGUACUGGUCAGUCAGACAUGGCGUCGUUACUGGAGCUUCAAAAAGACCUAGAGGAAGUAAAGGAGCUUCUGGAGAAGGCCGCAAGAAAACGUGUAAGAGAUGUGCUAUACGUGGAGCAGCGCAAACUGGAAACAGAAAUCUCUAAACAGCAACAAGCAAAAGACUCUGCGGAAGUACAGAAACCCUCUGCAAUUGUCCUUCCCAUGAGCAGCUCUUACACAGUGAAAAUAAACAACUAUGGGUGGGAUCAGUCUGACAAGUUUGUCAAAAUAUACAUCACUUUAAAUGGAGUACAUCAAAUUUCAGCCGAGAAUGUGCAAGUCCAGUUCACUGAGAGGUCCUUUGAGCUAUCAGUGAAGGAUCUAAAUGGAAAGAAUUACACCAUGACUGUGAACAACCUGCUUAAACCGAUCACUCCAGAGACCAGCUCUAGGAAGGUGAAGACAGACACUGUACUGAUCAUGUGCAGGAAAAAAGCAGAACAGAAGUGGGAAUUUCUUACACAAGUUGAGAAGCAAACCAAGGAGAAAGAAAAACCAUCUCUAAAUACAGAUGAUGAUCCUAGUGCAGGGCUGAUGAAUGUCUUGAAGAAGAUUUAUGAUGAUGGAGAUGAUGAAAUGAAAAGAACCCUCAAUAAAGCAUGGGUGGAAUCUCGAGAGAAACAGCUAUUGGGGGCCGAUAUGGGCUUCUGAAUUUGGAAUCGGUUUGUCCCAUAUGCCUUAAUUUGCGGGACAGACUUAACGUUAUUUCAUUGCAGCGUUUAAUCUCUACAAUACACUGUUAAAAUCCAGUUUCUUCCCAGGCAUGGAUACUGUUGUUUAUGUAAAUCAUCAUAUUUGGAAUCUGGAUAGGAUCCGAAUAAACAGUUCCUUUUUCAAUAUCCCA